AUGUGUUCUACGUCCUCCAAUAUUGACACCCCUCCUGAAUCCGAGCCCUGCUACUCGUCAUCCGUAACCGGCAUGAUAACACCAAUAUUUAAAAUGUCCAGCGGCAAUAUAGAGAGUCCCUGCUCAUGCUCAGCGCAGAGAGCUGGAGCAGCAGAUACGCCACCAUUCCCCGGCUCGACAUAUGCGAUUAGAGAGUGCAAUACUGGCCGAUACAUUACUCUUGUCGAAGGAGAACUUCGUGCGCUACAAAAUGUUGGCGAUCAGGGUGGGUGGCACUGGGUAUGCAUCGAAACCAACGGCUGGCUUGGAUUCAGGAACCCAGUAUCAUCCACACAUAUUGGCCACGACACGAAACAUAAUUAUUGGGCACAAUACAAACAUCACUUAAGCCACGAGUCCUUCUGCGCCAGAAAGCACCCAGACGGAGGUUAUGUCUUACUUUCGAGACAGGAUGAGGAGCUUUGGAAGAUGUCCGUCGGUGAGGACUUUGGACUAGUCGAAACCAAAAAGGACGGUGCACGUUGGGAAUUUAUAAAAGUCUAA